AUGGCGUGGACGGGGUGGUGUCGGCGGCGACGGUGGCGAAGGACAUGGCGCGGACGUUCCCUGAGCUGCGAGGUCGGACUGAUGGUGGGCAUCGGCGGCGGCAUUCCCAAUCUGGCUCGCGGGGUAGACAUCCGGCUGGGGGACGUGGUGGUGAGCAUGCCAGACAAGACGUGGGGUGGAGUGGUGCAGUUUGACCAUGGCAAGGCAGAGGACGGCGGGGUGUUUGUAGUCAAAGGACAGCUCAACCAGCCGCCGGAGAUGCUGCUACGGACGCUGUCGCAGGUACAGGCGCGGCAUCGACUACGGCCUAGCAAGAUCAUCCAGUAUAUCGAUGAGGCGGUGGGGAAGAACUCGAUGUUGGAGGACAACGGGUUUGUGCGGCCCGAUGUGCCAGACCGGCUGAUGUGUACCGUUUGCCACACCCAUAUUGACAACGCCGCUGGCGGGUGUAACGGCGGGCAUCAACGCAAGGUACGGAAGAGCUCGGCGCCGGUGCUGCAUUACGGCAUCAUUGCCUCGGGUAAUGUGGUGGUGAAGGAUGCGGUGGUGCGCGACCGGCUGCGAGAUCAGUAUAGUGCGCUCUGCGUGGAGAUGGAGGCGGCCGGGUUGAUGAACGACUUUCCGUGCCUGGUGAUCCGGGGGAUCUGUGACUACGCGGACUCUUCUAAGAACGACGCGUGGCAUUUGUACGCGGCGAUGACGGCGGCGGCGUACGCGAAGGAGUUCUUGUUCUACGUGUCACCGGCACAGGCCAGCCAGGAGCAGCCGAUCCGUCAAGUCGUUGGCAUUCUUGACGCGGUGCAGCAGGCCACGCAGGCCCACGCUCAGGCAUUACAGGCUCAGGUGCGGCACUUUGAAAAUGAUGAACAUCGCCGCUGUCACCAAGCAUUCAAGACGAGUAACUAUGAAGAGCAGAAGGACAGGAACCCGGACCGGGUGGACGGGACGUGUCAAUGGGUGCUACAACACGAGCAGUAUCGGCGAUGGCACGACAGUGGAGGUAGUGGCCUCUUGUGGAUCUCGGCGGAUCCAGGAUGCGGCAAGUCAGUGUUGGCCAGGUCACUGGUGGAUCACGAGCUGCGAGGCUCAAGCAGGCACAGCAUCUGCUAUUUCUUCUUCAAGGAUAACGAGGAGCAGGACCGUCUCACCACGGCGUUGUGCGCGCUGUUACACCAGCUGUUGGCGCAGCAACGGCAGCUGAUCCGGCACGCACUGGCGAUCUACGACCCGAACAAGCCGGAGAAGGUACAAGACGAUGCGGCGGUGCUGUGGCGGACGCUAAUGGCUGCCGCACGUGACAGCGAUGCGCAGGACGUCACAUGCGUGCUGGACGCGCUGGACGAGUGUCGACCACAGGAUCGUGCUGAACUAAUCGAUAGGCUGGCGCGGUUCCAUCAAGACACACAAAGGCAGCCCAGCACAACACGUACUACGCGCUUGAAGUUUCUGGUGACGAGUCGACCGUACGAUGAUAUUCAGGAUGACUUUGAGCGCACGUUGCGAGACCUCCCUGCGAUUCGACUGCGAGGAGAGGAGGAGAAUGAGCAGAUCCGUGCGGAGAUCGAUCUUGUGAUCAAGAUGCGUGUCGCGGAGCUCAGUUCGAAUCUCGGACUGUCUGAGGUCGUGCGAGAUGGACUGCAAAACACGCUUCUUUGCAUGAAACAUCGAACAUACCUGUGGCUCUAUCUGGCCUUGGACGACAUUAAACCGCAACUAAAGAACAGUCGUCGACCGCAGCUGGAGUGCGUGAAGCAACUUCCGUCGUCGGUGGAAGAUGCGUACGAGAAGAUCCUCGGUCGGGUUCGUGAGUGUGAGAGAGCCAAUGCCCGAGAUAUUUUACGCAUUGUGGUGGGCAGUCGACGGUCACUUACGGUGCGGGAGAUGGCCAUUGCAUUCGGGAUCGCGGAUGGGCGCGCUCAGGGAGUGGCCACUCUGCAAGACGCACGUCUGGAGCCUCAAUGGGUGCAGGCCAGCCUUCGUCGGUGGUGCGGCUUGUUCAUUUUCUUCAACCACGACCGAAUCUUUCUCAUCCACCAGACUGCAAAGGAGUUUCUCUUAGCCGACACUCGCAUUUGCGAUCCCCCGUGUGGGUGGAGAUGGAAGCACUGUCUUGAUGUCGGUGAAACAGAGAUGCAGCUGGCACAGAUCUGUACGAAUCUGUUGAGUUUCCAGGAUGUCCGAUCUACCACUCGGGAAUUGACGAGGCGGCUCGAUCCCUUUUCACUGGUUGCGAGCGUGUUAGAGCAGGAUAAUGAGAAUGAAACGCUGGUGGCGUAUGCGGCAGAACAUUGGCCGUCACACUUCCGAGCGGCACAAAGUGUCGCUAAAGAGGGAUAUGUUGAUGAGGGAUAUAUCGAUGAGCUGACCCCAUUCUAUGAUGCUGGUGGUGACUUACGGCAGCUGUGGUUUUGUAUCUACUGGCGAGCAACCGAGCAGUACGAAAAAGAGCCAGCUGUUAACAACCUGCAGCUUGCGGGACUUCUAGGGCAUGUGCAACAGGUGGCUCGCACUUUGCAGUCAACGAGUUUAUAUGGUAUCAAUGAUGUUGAUGAAGAUGGCAACACAGCCUUGAUCUGGGCCAGCCGAUAUGGCCACACAGCGGUGGUGCAGAUGCUGCUGGACCAGGGAGCGGAUGUCCAUGCUCAAGGAGGCUACUAUGGCAACGCGCUGCAGGCGGCAUUAGAUGGUGGCUAG